AUGGAGAAGUAUAGAAGGGAGGAGAUCACGCCAAGGGGUCUUAGAUUCGCAAAGAAUCCUUCCUUCGAUCAGGAGGAGGAGGACUUCAUUAAGGAGUGGUCGGAUCUCUUGGAAAGCUUCUCCUUUGGGCUAAUAGAUCUCAUUAUAAAAAGAAGAAAGGAAACAUUGAUUAAAUUAGAUACUGAAAUCAAUACCCUAAAAGCGUUUUUGACUAUAAACAUGCCCCCAGAACAAUACACCAAUACCUUAGAAGAAAUCCAAAUAAAUUUGGAGAAACUUGAGAAAGGGGUGAUAGAAAUUAAAAAAAGAAAAUAUUUAAGAGAUAAAACUGAUUACGCAAGGGGUGAAGUCAGAACUUUUUUUAAGAACAACCAUAAUCACCGAGAUAGAUAUGAUGCCACAAGAGACGAGAGAUAUGAGGAUAGAUAUAAAAUCAAACAGUAUUAUCGCAAUGAGGGAAGCCCAAGCAGACCUAACAGAUUACUAAAACAGACUACGACACCAAUUCGUAGAAAACUAACACCUAAAUGGAGACAUCUAUCUAGAGGAGGUAAAAGAGGAACACCAAAUAGAAACCUUAGGGAAGAUAAGAGAUCACCAAAACCAGUGGGAAUACCCACACAUAGAGAACAGAUCCCCACGAGGUAUGGAAAUGUAUCUAGGGAUACAAAAGGGACACCAGAUAGGCACUCUAGGGAGAUAAAAAGAUCACCAGAACCAGUGGUAAGGAGGAAAAUACAGACUAGUAGGAGCGAUCAGCAUCCGGUAGAAAGAAUACCAAGGGGGAUAAAUAAUAGAACUGAUUGGGAUAAAAAGAAAAAAAUCCCUACUUAUAACAGAUUUAAUGCCCUCAACACUCAACACAAAGAGGAGGAUUUUUGUGGAGACUACAUGAAGGGCAGAUACAAGGACAACAGACUAGGCUGGGGAACCCCAGGAAAAAGAGGACGGAGUAUAGAGGACGGGGAACUAGAGGAGGAAUUCUUUUACAAAAAAGGAAAAAAAGUCAGAGAAUAA